AUCACUUCCUCCGCCGCAGUCGCCGCCCGCCCUGUUGCUGUCUGCCGGGGGGAGGAGCUGGAGACCAGGAGCAGCGGCUCUGGCGGUCGGUCGGUCGUGUCGGUCGGAGGUCCAGGAGCUCUGCGCCUCUCGAAAGCGUGAGGGUGUCCGAACUGGGUCUACACCUGACAGUCACUGGAAUGCUACUUCAGGCCUUAGAAGAAAGUGAAACUAAUUGUAAAGGCCCCUUAUUCUUUCUGUUACCUGCCUGCUGAAGUGGAAAUAGAUCUCCCUGCUCUCUUAUUCCGAACUGAGUUGGCGCUCCCAUCUCCAAAGCUUGUGCAGGGAGCAGGAGCCUUUCCACUCAAGGCCCAGCUGUAUUGGAAACCCUGCUAAGGCAGAGCCAUGGGUCAGGAAUCUAGCAAGCCUGUGUGGCCCAAGCCAGCAGGAGGGUAUCAGUCCAAUACAGGCAGGAGGUAUGGAAGAAGGCAUGCUUAUGUCAGUUUCAGGCCAUCCACGAGCCAGCAGGAAAGGAUUUCCAGCCAGAGAAAGACGACCUCGGAAGUCCCAAUGCACAGAUCAGCCCCCAGUCAAACCACCAAGAGGAGCCGGUCACCAUUUUCCAUCACUCGUCGUAGUUGGGAAGACAGUGAGAGCUCUGGAGCCAGCCUGAAUGUUGAUAAUGAGGACUACUCCAGGUACCCACCAAGAGAGUACAGGGCCUCGGGUAGCAGAAGAGGAAUGGCUUAUGGACAUGUUGACUCUUUCGGGGCAGAUGAUAGUGAGGAGGAGGGGGCUGGGCCUGCUGAGCGAGUGCCAGUGAGAGGGAAAACUGGCAAGUUUAAAGAUGAUAAGCCGUAUGACCCAGAGAAAGGGGCCAGGUCCUUGGCUGGGGUGCCCCCACAGUUCUCUAGCUUUAAGCGUGAUGUGAGAGAGGAGCUUGACAAGUUAGAUCCAGUCCCUGAGGCCAGACGCUCUGCUAGCAGAGCCGAGUUCCUGCAGCAAAGUAGCAUGGCCUCUCAGACAUCUGCUGAAGGCAAGGUGGCAACCACCGGCGACAGCCUGGAGAGGCAGAGGCGGGAGCAGAGUUUACCUGCACAUCCCAGCAGGGCUCCUGUGAGUAUUUGUGGUGGGGGGGAAGACCCCCCAAAGAGUGCAGAGGAGCCGGUGGUGAGGCCCAAAAUCAGAAAUCUGGCCAGCCCCAACUGCGUGAAACCAAAAAUAUUUUUUGAUACUGAUGAUGAUGAUGAUAUGCCACAUAGUACUUCCAGGUGGAGGGAUACGGCCAACACGGCUGAAGGCCGCUCAGACGGCCUGGCAAGAAGAGCCAGAGGCGAGAGUUCAAGCGGCUACUCUGAGCCGAAGUACCCCGAAGACAAGAGGGAGGCCAGGAAGGACCAAGUGAAGCCAGAGAAGGUGCCAAGACGCCGACGAACCAUGGCCGACCCCGACUUCUGGACAUACAGCGACGACUACUACAAGUACUGCGACGAAGACUCCGACAGCGACAAAGAGUGGACUGCUGCUCUGCGUCGCAAGUAUCGCGGACGGGAGCAAAAUCUGUCAUCCAGCGGGGAAAGCUGGGAAACUCUGCCGGGGAAGGAAGAACACGAGGCUGAGCAGGUCAGGGGGAACACCAGCGCUGGGGCCAGCUCUAGCGCCGGGGCCAGUGGUGGUAGUGGUGGUGGCACUGGCAGUGGUGGUGGCGGCGGCGGCGGUGGUGGUGGCGGCAGUGGCAGCGGUGGUGGCAAUGGCCAACUUGAAGAAAUCCAAGGAGCAUGUCUCCGGGAGGAGGAGCAGGUGUCCCCGAGAGGAGGCGAAGUUCCUUGGCUCCAGUACAAUGAAAAUGAGAGUAGCAGUGAGGGGGAUAAUGAAUCGGGUCAGGAUUUCCUGCAGCCCGGGGUGUUCAUGCUGGAUGGAAACAACAACCUUGAAGAUGACUCCAGCGUGAGCGAAGACCUCGAAGUGGAUUGGAGCCUCUUUGAUGGGUUCGCAGACGGCUUGGGGGUGGCCGAAGCCAUCUCCUACGUGGAUCCUCAGUUUCUCACCUACAUGGCACUUGAAGAACGCUUGGCCCAAGCGAUGGAAACCGCCCUUGCGCACUUGGAGUCUCUCGCUGUGGAUGUGGAGGUGGCCAAUCCGCCGGCCAGCAAGGAGAGCAUCGACACUCUCCCCGAGAUCCUGGUCACUGAAGAUCACAGUGCAGUGGGGCAGGAAAUGUGUUGCCCCAUCUGUUGUAGUGAAUAUGUGAAGGGGGAGGUGGCAACUGAGUUGCCUUGCCACCACUAUUUCCACAAGCCGUGCGUAUCCAUCUGGCUUCAGAAGUCAGGCACCUGCCCCGUGUGCCGCUGCAUGUUCCCUCCCCCACUCUAAGACCAGGGCUCUUUACUCCUGGUCAGAUGAUUGUCCCCAUCUGAAACCCACAAUACCGCCGGAGCCCUCUCGAAAUUAACAAUUGCAAUGAAAGCCGUGAUUAAUCUGCACCUGUUGAUUCCUUGUGAUUAUUUCCAAUGUGAAAACGGUUGUGUGCGAUUGCAUUAAAAAUCACACUGUCUAUCUUAGAGGUUAGGAAAGGAAGUCUAAACUUUCUAAACGCUACUUGAGAUUGCAGUAAAAACAUACAUUUUCUAACCAGAAAGUUGAGAUAAGUUGCGUUUGUUUUCUUUGGUAGACUAUGUUGCUGUUAACCGUAACGUCAAGUUUAUCUGUUAACUAUGUCCAGAAGGCAUCAUCAUUUCUGUUGCAUGUUAUGGGUUAAUGUUCCUGUAAUUGCAGUGCCGUAAAAGCUUAUUAAAGUUCUCCUUUUGGUUUUACAUGGUA